GGAGGACCCCCCUCCCUCACUCAUUUGUCAAUUAAGACAAAAGUGAGACAUCCCCUCUCCCUCCAACCAUUGAGCUCGACCAAACCAUCCAAGGGAGAGAGAAGGAGCUUCAAAAUCACCUCCAUUGCUGCAAAUUUGAGCUCAAGCUUUAGUGCUCAAAGGAAGAAGAUUAAAGAGGGAAAAAGUUGGGAAAAGUGUGAACAAUUAAGGCACUUGUAAAGGGUAUUUCAAGUGAUUUCACAAAGUUGGAAAAAGUCGCCGGAGUUGUCGCCGGAGUUGACCAAGUCGCCGGAGUUUCACCGGAGUUCAACCAAGAAGGGUAGAACUUCUUAACGCUAGUUCAAGGUUGAAGCUAGGGCUUGCUACUUGCACCUUCUCAAGGGUGAUAUCAAAUCAGGAAGACGUGAAAUGGAGGGCAGGCGAAUGAGGACCAGGAACAAUCCGAGGGGGCAGGCGCCGAUAGCAUCCCAAAGGGGAAGCCGGGCUGCAUCUCGGGGUUCGAGAGGAGGCCGUGGAGGCCGUGGAAGCCGUGGAGGUCAUCAAGCUCAAACUGUGAGCGAUGGCCAUGUGAGCUCGGUGUAUGAGACCAACACCGAAGACUACGACUCAACCUACGUGCCAGAGACGGAGCACGAAGAGACCCCGUAUGAUGGGGGUGACACGUACACCGAUGAUGAUGAUGAAGAGAGUAAUGCCAAGUUCGCCCAAAUGGGCGAAUUGCUUGGAUGGUAUCAAAAAGAAAAAUUGAGGAGGGACCUUAGGCGCCAAGCGAGGCGUGGCUCUCGCGGUGGUUCGGGUCAAGGAAGCCGGGGAGCUUCCGUGGCCACCCCAGCGGCGUCACAAGGUGGGCGUGAAGGAGGUUUUGUCGUGAGAAUCUCCAAGUACCUCAAGGAGGCUAGGGCCUUGGGGUGUAGGUCCUUUGACGGCACCGGUGACAUUACCGUUGCCGCAGAUUGGAUUAAGAAGGUGAAGGAUGCAUCAAGAGACAUGCAAAUCACACCGGACGUGAAGUUGACUGUCGCUUCACGGUUACUUGAAGGGAUAGCCUCUACGUGGUGGGAGAGCGUGGAAGGGAAGUACCAUGGGGAAAUAACAUGGGCGGACUUUGAGCUAGAGUUCUAUGCUCAAUACUACUCCGAGUACGAGGUGAAUGUGAAACGGAGAGAGUACACUAACCUCAAACAGAAAGAUGGCGGCACAGUUAAACAACUGGAACAAGAGUUUAGAACCUUGGCUAGGUUCUUGCCGGAGUACGCGGUUGAUGAGAACCGCAUGACGGAGCACUUUUGGGAUGCCCUACUCUUGGACAUUCGUGACCGAGCUACGUACUCGCGCCACAUUACCUUCAGCGAGGUGGUGGAACAGGGCCUUCUCGGGGAGGCCCAAUGGAAUGAGAGGAAAGAGAGAGACGCCGAAGAGGCGAAAAAGAGGAAAUGGCAAAGUUCGGGGCCGCCCGAGCAAGCACGGAAGGAUAAACACGGCGGAGGUGGCGGUUCGUUCAAGACUCCGGCACCACCGGCAAAGAAGAACAGGGAUGCUCGGUGGCAUGCAUCCUCCUCCCAAAAGACGGGGCCUCCAAGGUGUGCCAAUUGUUCGAAAAAUCACUUUGGGAAGUGCAAUGCACCCCCGAGGUGUUAUCAAUGUGGGAACACGGGCCACAUGAAGGCCAAUUGCCCACAACUGGGGGGCGGAGGAGCUCCGGGAUCCGGAGGAGGAACCACGACGGGAAGGAACCGUGCGGGGCCGUCAAACGGCGGCACGGGAAGAGGCGGCGCAUCCACAAGUCAUGCCGCGUCCGUAAAUCAAGGCGGGACCCAAGCACGAGUGUACGCAAUGACCGAGGCGGAUACGCGAGCAAACCCGGACUCCGUUGCAGGUUGAAGCUAGGGCUUGCUACUUGCACCUUCUCAAGGGUGAUAUCAAAUCAGGAAGACGUGGUUCGUGCUUCCUUGUUUUCUUUCAAACUACCGAACACUUGCUCAUGGAUAUUUGUUUUACUAUAAACUAUUUUUGGGGCUUGCAUGCCCAUGUUGUUGGCCGGUUGUGGCUCAUGACGUACCGUUGAAUAUUUCCGCUAUUCAUUGGUUUGAAUGUGAUGUUGUUAUGUAUGUUUACUACUGAGUAUGGAUGGAUUGUUUUUCUCGAACGCCUUGUGUAAUUAAGUGAGGUUGACUCGUGGGUGACAUCACUUAAUUAUACGGCGGUUGUACACGCGCUUGGAUUGCGGUCUGGGGCGUGACACUAGUGCUUUGGAAGAUGCAGCAGAGAUGUUAUUUUAUCAUUAUUUUUGUUUUCAUUGAGACUGAAUACUC